CCAAUAGUCAGUGAACAGCCAACAACGACAAUCCAACUUCUUCCCCGUUCCCUAUCGUAUGGCUAUAUAUCCACACGAGAGAGGCCCCUUUGCUUAGGAGAAAAGUAUCACUGCACUGCACCAACUCGAUCGAUCUCACUCGCAAAAUGCCGUCUUUCAUCGACGGCCCUACUUUCCGCUCGCUGCUCCGGCCGUCCACCAAUGGACGCCGGACGAAGAUAUCCGACAGCGGCGGCGGCGGCGGCGGCGGCGGGCUGUUUAAGAUGUUCAAGCUCAUGCCCAUGCUCUCAUCCGGGUGCAAGAUGGUGGCGCUGCUGGGCCGGCACAACAGGGCCCUCCUGGCCGACCACGCCACGACGGUGACGCUGUUCGGUCACCGGCGCGGCCGUGUGAGCCUUGCCAUCCACGAGGACACGCGCUCACCGCCACUGUUCCUCAUCGAGCUGCCCAUGCUGACGAGCGCGUUGCACCGGGAGAUCUCCUCCGGGAUGGUCAAGCUGGCGCUCGAGAGCGACACCCGCAGCGCGCGCCGCCGGCUCGUGGAGGAGUACGUCUGGGCCGUCUACUGCAACGGCCGCAAGGCCGGGUAUGCCAUCCGUCGGAAGGAGGCCUCCGACGACGAGCGCCACGUGCUACGCCUUCUGCGAGGGGUGUCCAUGGGCGCCGGCGUGCUCCCGGCAGCUCCCGAGAAGGAGGGCGGCGUGCCAGCGGGGCCCGACGGCGAGCUCACGUACGUGCGCGCCCGCGUCGAGCGCGUCGUCGGGUCCAAGGACUCCGAGGCCUUCUACAUGAUCAACCCGGAGGAGGGUGGCACCGCCGGUGACAACAGUGGCCCCGGAGGUGGCGGCGCGCCGGAGCUGAGCAUUUUCCUAGUAAGGAUGAAAUGAACAAAUCCAGUAUCACUCAUAUAUAUAGAACAUACUAGACUGUUUUUACUUUGUGAAUCUGAACAUAUACACACACUCAUGUUGCACAGAGAUGUUUGAUGAAGUUGUCAAUAGAUCGAGGGUGUGUAUGUAUAAUCUGUAAGCUAGAAAUACAUCUCCAUGUUAGAUAAUUAAUUUUGUGAAUCAUGCGGUGAUAAAU